AUGCGAUUCUCUGUUCUUAUUGCCGCGCUUUGCGCCCUCUCGGCUCUUUCUUUCCCCUGGUUGGCCCCGGAGGGACUAGACGCACUCCUCAAUCACCCAGAAGCGCGUGCAGAGAUCGACCGACGCUUGAAGGAGCACCAAGUCGGCCAAGAGAAGACUCAUGAACCUCGACAGCUCAAGACUGGCGUCGUGGGUGGCGUUGUGUCCUUGUUCGGAGGCACUGUUGAAGCUGUCGUUGACAAUGUAUUGGGUUUGAUUCCUGCCAACAAGGCCGUCAAAGGCCUACAGAAGUUCCCCGAAUCCUCUCAUCCCUUCAAGACGCCUGGUGAAACUGACCAGCGUGGUCCUUGCCCCGGCCUCAACACUUUGGCCAACCACGGAUAUAUUCCCCGAAACGGCAUCGCUACGAUCGGCCAGAUCCAAGCUGGCACUGCAAAGCUCUUCAACAUGGGCGCAGAUCUUUCUGCCCUCCUUGCUGUCGGUGGCGCUGUUGACGGUGGCGAUAUCCUAUCCCAGAAGAUGAGCAUUGGAGGCCCCGAUGAUCGCGUCGGCCUUCUAAGCGGUGCUCUAAACAAGAUCUUUGGUAAACCAUCUGGUAUUGCUGGACAUGGAAAGUUCAAUGAAGGCGAUGCGUCUGCUACACGGGAGGAUUUCUACCUCAACGGCGAUAAUAUUUCAUUCAAGCCGGAGCUCUUCAAGCAGAUGCACCAGCAGGCUCUUGCCAAAGGUGACGGCACUUACAACGUCGAUGCGAUCAAGGAACACUUCAAGAACAGGUACAGAGAUUCUAAGGCCGCCAACAAGCAGUUUUACUUCAACGUCCCGAGUGCCGCAGUUGUUAUGGGCGCAUACUAUUUCAUCCCUGGCUUCUUCUCAAACGGCACUAUUGGUGCGGGCGGUAUUGCCAAUGAAGCUUCUAUCACCUCGUUCUACGGCGCCAAGCCAGAACGCAAGAACGCUUGGAAGGAUAAGGACCUUGAAUACACGCGUGUUCCUGAGCGCAUUCCUGAGCAAGGCUGGUACCGACGUGCCACGCCCAUGACUAUCCCUGAGGCAGUUGGAGGAAUUCUUGACGUCUACCUUUACGCUCAGCCAGCUCUGGGGGGUUCGGGUGCUGACGGCAGCUGGGUUGUUGGUCCCCUUGACCUCCCCAAGGAUCCUCAAGGCUUGAGUUGCUUCUUAUACAAUGCAAUCUACGCCAACUUCCCCGCUGAGCUCUUCAACUCUGUGAAACUCUUGCAAUCUAUUCUCAAUGGUGUUUCGGACGCAUUGGUCCCUGGAUACAAGGCUCUUGGGUGCAAGGUCGAUUUUCCGGAUGCCAAGGGAUCUUCGGCGAGCAAGAAGUUCGCCGCCUACGAGAAGAAGUACGUUGGCCCCGCCAAGACAAAAGCUGUAGGAAGUGGAUGGUAUAAUAGGAAAUAA